AUGGCCCAAACACGCGGCGCGACUGGCAACGCUAAGCCAAGAGUCUUCACCUCGGUCUCGACUGAGCCUGUCCGCAAACGGAAGACCACCAGCGCCGCCACCACGGAUGGCACCACCAAAAAGCGCAAGACCGCUUCAAAGAAAGCCGGCGCAACCACCGCAGGCGUGACCAAGAAGCGCGCCCCGGCGACGCAACACAAGAGAAAGCCCACCGUCACAGACAAGGUCGAGGGCGCGGUCGAGAAAGUCGUCGGCGCUGUGGAGGGAAAGCCUGGCAAGAAGGCUGCAGGCACGAAGAAGAUGAAGGGCACAGACGGCAAGGGCGGUAAGGUGCCGAAGGCCGCGAGGAUCGAGGUGUAA